UGCUAUAUAUAUCGAGCAGGGAGUGCUUUUAUGCAAGCGCGCAUACAUCUGCGCAUGCGCUUUACGUCGAAAAGCGAAAGUGGUUUCUGAAACGUCGACUUGUUCAUUUAGUGAACAAACAGGAGCAACAAUGAGCAACACCAAAGUAGCCCUGGUCACUGGUGCAAAUAAAGGCAUCGGGCUCGCUAUCGUGCGGGCAAUGUGUAAGCAAUACACCGGGGACGUGUACUUGACAGCCCGCGAUGUGGGACGAGGAAACGCGGCGGUGGAAGGUCUGAAGAAAGAGGGUCUCUCACCCCUUUUCCAUCAGUUGGACAUCAAUGACCCAAACAGCGUUCGUACUGCACGAGACUUCUUCAAAGAGAAGUACGGGGGCUUGGACGUGCUCAUCAACAACGCUGGAAUUGCAUUCAAAAUGGCAGAUACAACAGCAUUUGGGAUCCAGGCGGAUGUGACAUUAAAGACCAACUUCUUUGCCACCAGAGAUAUGUGCAAUGUCUUCUUGCCCAUUAUCAAACCUGGAGGUAGGCUGGUGAAUGUCUCCAGCAUGAUGAGCUCUAUGGCUUUAGGCAAGUGUAGUCCAGAACUCCAGGCCCGUUUCCGUAGCGACGACAUCACCGAGGAGGAACUGGUCGGGUUGAUGGAGCGAUUCGUCAGUGAUGCCCAGGCAGGUCUCCACUCGGAACGAGGCUGGCCCAGUUCUGCGUAUGGAAUCUCCAAAACUGGCCUCACCACCCUGACUAGGAUCCUGGCCCGAAAUCUGACCAAAGAGAGGCCUGGAGAUGAGAUCCUGUGCAAUGCAUGCUGUCCUGGAUGGGUCAGAACUGACAUGGCUGGGCCAAAUGCAACAAAGUCACCAGAUGAGGGUGCUGUCACUCCAGUGUACUUAGCACUGCUGCCCGCGGGGGCAAAAGAGCCCCAUGGACAGUUUGUGUCGGAGUUGAAAGUUCAGCCGUGGUGAGAGGGAGGUCGAUUGCGUUUCAUAACGUUGGAGUCGAGUUUAGACACUCCCACAGCUUUAUAGAUAUUUAACUCCUUCAAAUUCAGACAGUCUAGUUUUAAAAUAUGUUAUAUAGACCUGAACUCAGACUGAAGCUUUGAUAAAACAACUCAGGUAGUCAACUUAUUCAGAGUUACUUUAAUGUUUGUGUGUUGUGCAAUUUCAUGUCGUAAACAUCAUGCAUGUGAAAUGUAAUAUUGGAUCAGAUUUCUAUUGGUCACACAUAGUCGGUGGCUAAAACAGCAUGU